UUGGCUUGUCGUCACAGUCAAUUCUUCUCAACUCUUCAAGAAUGGCGUCUCUACAGUUCUUCCUCUUGUGCCUGAUGGUCGCAGCCUCCAAGGCAGCGCCCCAAUCCACAGAAGUCAAAGCGCCAAUGCCAUAUCAGUUUUCGUAUGGAGUGAACGUCCCCGAAACCGAAGACAUCAAGGAGCACAAAGAGAUCACUUCGCCGGAAGGAAGAACCGAAGGAGAGUACCGCUGGCUGCAGCCUAAUGGCCUCUUCAGGAUCGUUCGCUACUACGUUGACGGCGACUCCGGCUUCCAAGCCGUCGUGAGCGAGGAGGAGGGCCCCGUCGUCGAGAACUACUACAGGAACUCCCUCAGUGGCGACAGCUCGGUGGGUCUCGCCUCCUCUGGCUCCCUCAACUUCGGCAAGAGCUUCGACGGCUCCCAGGGCAGCAUUGGCGCUGCCGUUAACGUCAUCAAGGCUCCGCGUCCGAGCCUUAACCGCCAACCCGCUGUUGCCCGGCAGCCGGCUGUUAGCGCCCAGGCGGCCUUCGCUCAGCAACCAGUCAACAGUGCUCAGGCAGGAGUCGGUGCCCAGUCUGCCUUCAACCGCCAGCCAUCAGUCAAUACUCAGCUCUCCUUCAGCCAGCAACCAUUGGCUAAUGCUCAGACAUCUUUCGGCAGCCAACCUUCUUUCAAUGCCCAGGCAACUUUCGGCAGCCAGCCCUCUGUCAACACACAAACGGCCUAUAACAACCAGCCCUCAGUCAAUACUCAAGUAGCCUUCAACAGCCAGCCUGCUGUUAACACUCAGGCAACGUUCGGUGCCCAGCCUCCAGUGAACGCCCAGUCUUCCUUCAACUCGCAGCCAUCAGUUAAUGCUCAAGUAGCUGUCAGCGCCCGUCCCUUAGUGAACACGCAAGCGGCUUUCAACUCCCAGCCCGCAGCCGCACAGGCGUCUUACAACCCGGGAACAGUUGUUCACUCAGUCAAGGCCAGUCGAGACCAAAUGCUAUACCCGGCCAAAAAAGCCCAAACGCCGACCAACAGCCCCCGUCAGCCCACGCGUACGUCAGCCAACAGCCACUCGCCAACCAGCCCUCAGCCCCAGCCCCAAAUAUGGUCUCAAAUCCCCGGUUUGCCUUCAGGUUUCCCGGGUCGUUCCCCCGGCCCCCGGCUUCGGGGUGCAGAUCCUGGCUUUGCGUUCAGACGCCGGAUUUUCCCCCACAGAGCUUUCAACAAGAAGAGCUUCAGCAGCAAGAAGAGCAGCAGUCAACAAAGCAGCAGUCAGCAGGAGAGUUUCAGUAGUUCGUUCUCCGGAGGAUUCGUAGAUGGAGGAUUCAUCAACGGAGGUAUCAUCGAUGGAGGAAUUAUUGAUGGAGGAAUAAUCGACGGAGGAAUCAUCGACGGAGGAAUCAUCAAUGACAGCUCCUACGAGGACUCGACGGGAGACAACUACCAGGGUUGA